UCUGCUCGGUUCCCUCCUCUUCCCUCAAACCCACUCCACUGCUUGCAGCAACCACCCACCUCCCCACUUUCUCCCAGCCCUCCAACGGGAUCUUUGCUGCUCUCUAGCCUCGGAACCUAGCAUGGUGCUAUGAGGCUGUUCUAACAAGGUUCUAGGGUUGUCCGAUUGUGGUGCAGGCUUGUGUUAGUGUGUUCUGUAGGUAGCACAGGCCGAUAUUUUGUUAGGCCUGGUGAUUGGAGGAGCUCUCUUUUCUUUUCCGUGUCAGAGCUAUGGAGCGAUAUGAAAUCCUCAAAGAUAUCGGUUCGGGAAAUUUCGGGAUUGCGAAGUUAAUGCGAGAUAAGAGAACGAAGGAGAUGGUUGCGGUGAAGUUCAUCGAGCGUGGCGACAAGAUCGACGAGAAUGUUCAGCGUGAAAUCAUUAACCAUCGUUCCUUAAGGCACCCUAACAUCAUCCGAUUCCGCGAGGUGUGCCUUACUCCUCAGCAUUUGGCCAUUAUAAUGGAGUACGCGGCUGGCGGUGAACUGUUCGAGCGAAUCUGUAACGCCGGUCGAUUCAGCGAAGAUGAGGCCCGAUUUUUCUUUCAACAAUUGGUCGCCGGCAUCAGCUACUGUCACUCUAUGCAAAUCUGCCAUCGCGAUCUGAAGCUUGAAAACACCCUUCUGGAUGGAAGUCCCGCACCUCGUCUGAAGAUUUGCGAUUUUGGUUACUCGAAGUCCUCGUUGCUGCAUUCACAACCAAAAUCCACCGUCGGCACUCCAGCUUACAUUGCACCCGAAGUACUGUCCAAGAAGGAAUACGAUGGAAAGACUGCUGACGUGUGGUCUUGUGGAGUCACACUAUACGUCAUGCUAGUAGGGGCUUACCCGUUCGAGGACCCUGAUGACCCUAGGAACUUCCGGAAAACCAUUGGUCGCAUCAUGAGUGUCCAGUAUCACGUUCCACCGUAUGUGCGCCUGUCUCCGGAGUGCAAGCAUCUCCUGUCGAGAAUUUUCACAGCUAACCCCACGAAGCGCAUCACAAUGCCGGAGAUCAAGAGGCACCCAUGGUUCUUGCGGAACCUGCCAGCAGAUUUGAUGCAUGAAAAUGACCCGGGCUACCAGUACGAUGAUCCAAACCACCCGCCUCAAAGCAUUGAAGAGAUCAUGAGGAUCUUGCAGGAAGCUCGGGUUCCCGGCAUUGCUCAGCCUUCUGGAGAUGGUUACCUCAACGAUGACAGGGAUGACGAGAGAGAUGACGAGGACAUGGACAAUGACAUGGAUGACUUUGAGGGCAGUGGAGAGUUUGUCAACGCUCUUUGAGAGACUUGGUUCUUUCCUUACUUUUACACGGCAGUACAUCAUGAGGUGGCUGACACAUUCCUGUUAUGUUGCAGUUCACGUGGCUAGAUAUAGUGUGAAUCUUAGUUCGACCCUAGCCACUAGUGGCUUGUGCCAGAUUGCCGGGCAAUGGCUAAUAACAAACUGAUGUACAAAUGAAGAGCAGUAUACAGA